CUCGCGUCUGUAAAUUACCUUCCUUGUUUUGUUGCUGUAUUGUGUUGACUUCAUGGUUUUUACUGUCAACUGUCAACCGCUUCAUCAUGUGAUAGUCACCCAGCCCUCUGAGGAUUGUUUCGCUUCACGAGCUUAGGUGAGAUCUGAACCUGAAAUGGGAUUUUUAACAGUUUCUUUCCUUUUUUCCUUUUUGCUGUUGAUCGGCACCGGCAGAGCAAAAUACGAACCCAACUGGGAAUCCAUCGACUCCAGACCAUUGCCAGAGUGGUACGAUCAGGCCAAGUUUGGCAUCUUCAUACACUGGGGGGUCUUCUCUGUCCCGAGUUUUGGCAGCGAGUGGUUCUGGUGGUACUGGCAGAAGCAAAAGUUAAAGCCAUAUGUAGACUUCAUGCAGAAGAAUUAUCCUCCAGACUUCAAGUAUCAAGACUUUGCACCUCAGUUCACUGCUGAGUUCUUUGAUGCCAAAGAGUGGACUGACAUCUUUGCUGCAUCAGGGGCAAAAUACAUCGUCCUGACCACAAAACACCAUGAAGGUUUCACUUUGUGGGGCUCAAAAAACUCCUGGAACUGGAACGCAGUGGAUGUUGGACCAAAGAGAGAUCUAGUAGAUGAAGUUGCGAGUGCCGUCCGCACUCACAGUGACAUGCGUUUAGGGCUGUACCACUCUCUCUUUGAGUGGUUUAAUCCGCUCUUUGAACAGGACGCUGCCAAUGUCUUCACUACAAACUACUUCCCUACCAGUAAAACUCUGCCUGAGCUUUAUGAGCUCAUUCUCAAGUACAAACCAGAGGUGCUGUGGUCUGAUGGGGACGGCGACGCGCCUGACAAGUACUGGAACAGCACAGGUUUUUUAGCUUGGCUCUAUAAUGACAGUCCUGUACGAGACACAGUGGUGACAAAUGAUCGCUGGGGUUAUGGCUCUAUCUGCACCCACGGGGGAUAUUACACCUGCGCUGAUCGCUACCAGCCAGGACACCUGCUCAAACACAAGUGGGAAAACUGCAUGACCAUCGACACAAAGUCCUGGGGUUACAGACGCAAUGCUCCUCUACGUGACUACCUCACCAUCGAGCAGCUUGUAGCGGCGCUGGUGGAGACUGUGUCCUGCGGGGGAAACCUGCUGAUGAACAUCGGCCCGACACAUGAUGGAAGGAUCAUUCCCAUCUUCGAGGAGCGUCUGAGGCAGAUGGGUCAGUGGCUGAAGGUCAACGGGGAGGCCAUCUACAACACAACAGCAUGGCGUGCUCAGAACGACUCUGUCACUCCCAACAUCUGGUACACUUUCAGACCACAGGAAAAGAGCAUCUUUGCUGCUUUACUGGAAUGGCCCAAUAAAGGAUCUGUGAUUCUGAAUGAACCCGUGGCUACACAAGGACAGACUCAGGUGGAGCUUCUCGGUCACGGCUCUCUGCAGUGGGAGCCUGUGAAGCCCAGCGGGCUGCGGGUUCUCCUGCCCCAGCUGUCCUUCAGCCAGAUGCCCUGCCAGUGGGCCUGGACACUGAGGCUGACAGGUGCCACUUAAAGGGAACCAGAACAGGUGAAGAGGAACUGACAAGGCUGGCGGCCGAGAGAGAGACCUGACGUUUUAAUGUGUUUGAAUCACUGAAGCAGAAAUGCACCGUACUGUCUGUGAGUUGCACUAAUACAGUAUAGAAAUUGUCCUUUUUGAAAUACAAAUGCAGGGAAAUCAAGAAUGAACAUUAAUACAUGAUUAUUGUUUUUGAUCUGAGUAACUUUCGUGAUUAAAGUCUCAUGUUCUAGCUCCGGUGGUGGAAUGUCACAUGUACAUUUACUCAUGUACUACACUGUACAAUUUUUAGCAACUUUACGUGAGUAUUUUCAUUUGACGCUACUUUAACUUUUACUUUUACUUAUGACAUUUUGGAAGCCAAUGUUGUACUUUUCA